GCCAUUUCCCACCCUACUUGAGCUAGGCGGCAGGACGGACGCGGACGGGCGGGGGAGGAGAACACACGACCGCGACGGAAUCGCGAGGGGUAGGCGAGGCGAGGCGAGGCGGCGACCGAGGGAGGAGCAGUCGAGCAGAGCGUAGGGGGCGCGAGGGAUGGACGCGAACGGGUGCGGGGAGAAUGACGACGCGCGGGCGCCGCUCCUGGCCGGGCCUGGGCGGCGGCGCAACUCCGUCGCGUCCAUGCGCGGGGAGUUCGUGUCGCGGUUGCCCAAGAAGGUGCUCGACGCCGUCGACCCCGAGCGCCCGUCGCACGUCGACUUCUCCCGCUCCAAGGGCCUCCUCGAAGGGGAGAGAGAGUACUAUGAGAAACAAUUUGCCACAUUGAGGUCCUUUGAGGAAGUUGACUCACUAGAAGAAUCCAAUGAAAUCAACGAGGAUGAGGAGCUUGCGGAGCAAAUCCAGAGUGAAUUUGCUAUGAAGAUAUCAAAUUAUGCAAACAUUGUUCUCUUAGCGUUGAAGGUAUACGCUACAAUAAAAAGUGGAUCAAUUGCUAUAGCUGCCUCAACACUGGAUUCACUGCUUGAUCUCAUGGCUGGUGGUAUCCUUUGGUUCACACAUCUGUCAAUGAAGAGCAUCAAUGUCUACAAGUACCCCAUUGGCAAACUGAGGGUACAGCCUGUAGGCAUUAUCAUCUUCGCUGCUGUCAUGGCCACUUUAGGCUUCCAAGUAUUUAUUCAGGCUGUUGAAAAGCUGGUAGUGAAUGAGGCUCCAGAUAAACUGAACCAAGUGCAAUUAUUGUGGCUAUAUUCAAUCAUGAUCUUUGCAACAAUAGUGAAAUUAGGUCUGUGGCUCUACUGCCGAACGUCUGGUAACAAGAUUGUCCGUGCUUAUGCUAAGGAUCACUAUUUCGAUGUUGUCACAAAUGUUGUGGGUUUGGCUGCUGCUGUCCUUGGUGAUAGAUUCUACUGGUGGAUUGACCCAAUUGGUGCAAUUGUUCUUGCAGUGUACACGAUUUCAAACUGGUCUGGAACAGUGUGGGAAAAUGCAGUAUCGCUGGUAGGUGAAUCAGCUCCUCCAGAAAUGCUUCAGAAGUUGACAUAUCUGGCUAUCAGACACCAUCCUCAGAUUAAGCGUGUUGACACCGUUCGAGCAUACACCUUUGGGGUGCUUUACUUUGUUGAGGUUGACAUUGAGCUUCCAGAGGACUUGCCACUUAAGGAGGCACACGCCAUUGGAGAAUCUCUCCAAAUCAAGAUUGAGGAGCUACCUGAAGUUGAGCGAGCAUUCGUUCACCUAGAUUUCGAAUGUGACCAUAAGCCGGAGCAUUCAAUUCUCAACAAGCUUCCCAGCAGCCAGCCUUGAUCCGAACGAAUCCUGUGUGGUAGAUUGUCGUGCAGAAUCUGCUGCAGUUCUUGCAUUGGCGUCUUGUGCUGUAUGACAAAACUAAGAGUUCAAUUAGUUUUGUGGCGGUGAGUUUAAGAUCAGGCGCAUCUAAGACUACGAGAGAUGAAGGUGCCGAAUGCAGAGAUUUCUCGAGUGUGGAACCCUUUGUGGUUCUGUUGGUAUGGUCUUCGUUUUGAGCGAAAUUAAGCAUUUUGCUGUUGGC